AUGACUGAUAAAGUGGCUGAUAGUGAAGUACGAUUAGAUGAGAAAUUAAGUGAAACUAGUAAUGUACAUCACCAUCAUGAUCAAACAAAUCCAAAUCCAAACCCAAACGCAUCGCAUGAAGAAGUACAUGUCUAUAGUCAAGAUACGGCACAUGGAGGUGAGAAUUUAAUUAUUCAAGAUGAAAAAUGGUCACAUGAUAAACCAAAUGAAACCAGUCAUAAACUUGAACAAUAUAUAAUUGGUGAUGAUAAAGUAACUCAUAGUAUUGAGCAAGUUCAAGUUAGUCUUGAUCAUCAUCAAGUAAUCUCGCCACAGCCAACAACAAGCGAACACCACGAAAACGUAGAAUCAACAACAACAACGACGACGAAUUAUCAGAAUCCUCCAGUGGUUGAUCAUCAUGUCUCGGGUCCAGUUGAAGAAAAAACAAAACAUGCAAAUGAAACAUUAAAUCAAAUAGAAAAAUCAUCAUCAGAAUUAGCUCAUAAUACACAAGAAAAAAUUGAGAAAACAGCACACGAUGCUAAAGAAAAGACAAAUGAAUUAGUUGAUGAUGCAAAAAAGACUGGUAGCGAAUGGGCAGACUGGACUAAAGAAAAAGCUCAGGAGACAAAAGAAACAAUUGUUCAUCAAGUGAAUGAUAUGUCGGCAACACUGUCUCAUACAGCUGAUAACGCUGAAAAGAAAAUAGAGGAAGUAAUUGAUUCAUCAAUUAAAACCGCUCAGGAUACUAAGGAGAAGGCGAUUGAUUUACAACAUACGUUAGCAGAUAAAAUAGUCCACGCGGAAAAGGAAGGUGAAAAAAAAGUAGACGAAGUACAACAAUGGGCUACUGAAAAAGCAUCUCAUGGCAUUGAACAAGCAAAACAAACAGCACUUGAUGCUAAAGAUGUAGUCGUUAAUGCUGCUGAAAAAACAAAAGAAAAAGUUGCUGGUGUUACAGCGGCAGCUAUCGAAAAAAGUGGUGAAUUAUACGAAAAAACAAAAGAAGUAGUGAAUGAUGGACUAGAAAAAGCACAAGAAAAAAUCAUUCAAGUGGCUGACGUAGCCGUGGAUAAAACACAAAGCGCAAUAAAUACAACAAAACAAGUUGCCAACGAUGUUAAAGAUACUACUGUACACAAAGCUGAACAACUUAGUGCCACAGUAUCAGAUGCUAGUGAAUCAGCUAAAAAAGAAGCCAUUGAUAUCAAAGAUCAAGCUGUGCAUAAAGCGCAAGAAUUAGCAAAACAAAGUCAAGAAAAAGCGAACGAUAUCAAAGACACAACAAUAGAAAAAGCUCAAGAAGCAAAAAAAGUCGUUAUUGGUGCCACUGAAACAGUCAAGGAGAAAAUUAUUGAUACUACAAAUACAGCUGCAAAAAAAAUUGAACAAAAAACAGAUGAAAUAAAGAAGCAAACAGCCACCAUACCCCCAUUACAGCCUGAUAUUAAAGAAAAUGUUCUCGUUUCAACACCCGUACCGUCUGCACUUUCUCAGACAACAAUAACAACCACCGUCACUAAAGACACAAAAACAGUUCUGGCCGAAGGUGAUUUGAGUCUUAGUCAUGCAACAACUGACAACACAGAUGUUCAAUUAAAAGUGACAUCUAUUCCUCCGACACAAGUACAUAAUCAAUCAAAUUUUUUGUCACAAGAGGCGUAUGUUACACCAACAGGUACAACAACGGCUUCAGAUCAACAAGAACGAAGACAAGCGGCGGGUCCUUGGUCGAGUUUUACGGGAUGGGUUCGUAAGCUUUUUAAUUCACCACGACAAGGACAUGAAGGACGAAGAUCUCAAACGAAUAUAACGGCAGCACCGCAAACUACCACGACAACGACGGUAGUAACAACACCGACAACACAGUAA